UUGUCUCGUUUUCUGUAUUGUGUUUUCUUUGCAACUGUAACUAGUGUCGGAAAGACCUCGCUCAUGAACCAGUAUGUGAACAAGAAGUUCAGCAACCAAUACAAGGCCACCAUCGGUGCCGACUUCUUGACCAAGGAGGUUCUUGUCGAUGAUCGCCUCGUGACCAUGCAGAUCUGGGACACUGCUGGACAGGAGCGUUUCCAGUCUUUGGGUGUUGCGUUCUACCGUGGAGCCGACUGCUGUGUGCUCGUGUACGAUGUCAACAACGCAAAGAGUUUCGAGACCCUGGAGAGCUGGAGAGACGAGUUCUUGAUCCAGGCUUCCCCUCGUGGACCCGAGAACUUUCCCUUUGUCGUCAUUGGCAACAAGAUCGAUAUGGAGGAGUCGAAGCGCAUGAUCUCUCAAAAGCGCGCUAUGGCUUGGUGCCAGUCCAAGGGCAACAUUCCCUACUUUGAAACCUCUGCCAAGGAGGCCAUCAACGUUGAGCAAGCUUUCCAGACCAUUGCCAAGAAUGCUCUUCAGCAGGAGGUCGAGGUUGAGAUUGAUUUCCCUGAUCCCAUCAAGAUUGACAGCGACACUUCGAAGGACUUUGGAUGCGCCUGUUAG